ACUUAUCACACCGCCGAAAUUCCAAACCUGGUUAAGGGCCAGCUCAAGGACUUGGCUUGGAGGCCGUCGGUGUGCCUAAACUUCUGCAGCGAGUUUCUGUCGUUUGUCAAGCGCGUGGUGACCCGAGACGACCCUCGUGUGGUCUACCUGUUCUCCCGAAAAGCGCGCAGUGACGUGACCUUCACUAUCCACAGCGACUCCAUUCAUUCUUUCCUGCCUGAAUGGUACGUGACGGAAAUGAGCUAAAGAGGCACCACAGUAAUCCCUCUACUUCACGGAUUGCACCUAUCACCGGUUGUUUUCGGAAAGUAACCCCAGCGAAAAAUGAGGGAUUACUGCAUAUCUUUUUACACCGCUUGCGAAACAGUCGAAGCUCCGCAAAGUAUGCAGGCACUCCUUUGUGUUUUACAAGCAGGUUGGGCGAGUUGAUUCAUUCCAGGAAGUAACUGGCGUAAGCGUCAAACCUUUAUUAAGAAAUAAACUUUCAGUCUCUGAAUCAAA